AUGCUAACACUGCUGACACAUUUCUUAAUUGGAACAAAGGACGCACUUCGAUACUCGACGACGAUCCCUGGCUUUCGGAAGAAACACUUGUCCUGCGCACUUCUAUCGGCAUUCAUAUGGCUCACCAUUUGUUUAUUCAAAUACAUGUUUAUGCCAUCGAUCUCGUGGUUAAGGAUCGACGCACGAGUAGAGAAUUGGUUAUCGAACGCUUUUUCCGCGCUUUGGGUCGUGCCACUCAUGCUCACCAGUAAAAUUGUCAAUACCUUUUGGUUCAUGGAAACGGCUGAAUUUGUUUAUCAAGCGACGGGGAGGAAGAAAAAGGCACCCGGGGCAAAAGUGUCAGAAGGAAUUGCCGAUCUGAUAUUCGCGCUGAUUGUUUACGUCGUGUUUAUGAUUCAGGCGUCAUGUACGAUCGCGGCUGGCAACAGUCGAGUCUCGAUGGGGCUAUUUUAUGGGUUUUGGUUUUCCGCUGGCGGCGACGACGUUUUUGAUCCCAUGACGGCCGGCUGCGCGUUUGGCGUUUUAUUCCCGAUGUCCAUUCUUGCUGCACACUUGGCAAAGUCGCCAGAGGAAGAGACCUUGUUUAGACUGAGGAUAUUUGGUCCGACAGUUUUCGUUGCAGAUAAAGUUUCUGCAACACUCUUCAAUUGGGUUUUGAAGAAAAGCCGAAACCAAGGCCGACCAUUCCCGCUCAACCCAAAGUCGAUACUCCCUUAUCACAUCACUCCUCGAAUCACCUUUCCAUCCUUCUUCACCAAUAACUCUUACUUUUCCCUUUACAAAGAUUUUGAUGGAAUCGGCAUGAGAUCGUGGGGAGAAGAAUUGUGGGACUCUUUUGAAAAAGUGGAUUCAAAAUUUUCAAGCCGGAUUAAAUACAAUGAAAAUAUUAUAAAGUUUAUAAAAGAUAAAAACGCUUUGGAUUCUGAGUAUGCGAAAAACAUCAAAAGCCUGGUAGCUCGAAAUCGCAAGAGCACGCCGAAAUCAGAAUUCACUUCUGACGAAUGCUUCUUUGGGUGGCUGACUGAAGUCGAAAACAUCGCAAACCAGUACGAAAUGAUUGUUGAAUCAGUGCAAAAAACAUGCAUAGCGAGGAUUCAAUCGCAUACCAAUGAAAUGAUGAAGCACAAGAACGAGUCAAGAACCGAACACAAAAACUGGAUCAAGAUGCUUGAAAACCUCGAUUCUAAUCAAGAAAAGGCGAAGCAAAACUGGGCCAAGAAGUUAAAAGACUAUGAGAAGGCGAGGUCGAUGUUUGAAAAGAAAGACGAACAGUUCUUCGCCGACAGCGACCAGCACGUAACAAAAGCUGAUGUCGAAAAAGCCCGUCAAAACUCGCAUCACAAGCGACAAAUGGCAGAAGACGCCAAAAACGAGUACUCAAGAUGCCUGGUCGAAUUCAACAGACAUCAAAAGGAACAUCAUACGAAGCUGAUCCCGGAUCUUCUAAAUACUUCGCAAAAUCUAGCGCUGGAGAACGGAAACUGUUUCCGAGAAAUCGUCAAGAACUUUUGCGUCGCCGAGUGUUCUUAUCGACCUCUUAUUGCAAAAUGCAUCGACGAUAUUGAUCACAAGAGCGGAUCUAUUGACCCAGAGGCCGACUGCGAAACUGUAAUUGAAAUGACAAAGACAGGCUAUGCUCGGCCAGAUGAUAAGCCAUUCGAGGACAUGGAGAAUCCACCCAAAGAAACGGGAAAGAAAACUUUGAGGGGACUGGGUUUCGGAUUGUUCAAGAAGACAGAGUCAAAGCCUGUGCAGGAAGAUAUGAGCCACCUACCUCCUCAACAAAGAAAACGACAGCUCAUGAAAGUUCGAAAAUCGCUUCUCGACGAAAUGGAAAAAGAUACCAAAGAAAUCAAAUCACUGGAGAAAAUGGCGUCUGUUAAAAACUUUGGCGAUGGCGGUCAAGUGCAGCAAAAGAUCAAUGAAGCGAGGAACAGACUGAAUGCCAAAAAUCAAAAACUGCAUCAGAUAAAUGAGUGGCUAAAUGAUACGGAGAUCGCGCUCAACGGAAAACCUCUCGACCACGACACUGAUCACAUGGCUACUGAACCACAGGGCUACCAAUACAAGCACGAAGUCAAACAGGAAUAUAAUCAAAUGGAUACUAGCUACUCGGAACAAAGUGGAUCACAAAUGGAUGUUUCCAGACAUUCAGGAUAUAGAGAUUCUUUUGAGGAAGAAUCGAUAGAAGGUCCGGUAGCGACUUGUCUCUACAACUUCCAAGAAGCUGGAGAGGGAUGCAUCACAGUAAAUAUGGGCGAGAUUCUAUCCGUAACGGAAGAGGACAACGGAGAUGGCUGGACAAAAGUCCGCGUCCACGGCACCAAUCGAGAAGGAUUCGUCCCCACAUCGUACAUAAAGCUCAACUAA